AAUAGAGAGAGAGUAGGGAUGCUGGGGCGGUUCAAGCGAGAGCGAGUUGACGCAAAGUAGCGUACGUCAGUUUGUGUCAGACAACGGAGCACGGAAGAUGCUCCCGGUUGUUCGCGAAACGGAUGGACCAUCCUCGGCACCGAGGUCUCGACGUCGUCGACGUGUUCGCGCGACGACGAAGUCGAAUCCGCGUCGUCGAGGUACCGCCUUUUCUUCUUCUUCUUCUUCAACAUCAUCUUCUACAUCAUCUUCUACGUCAUCAUCUUCGUUAUCUUCUUCUUAUUCUUCUUAUUUUUCUUCUUCGUUAUCUACCUUAUCAUCCUUUACCUUAUCCAAGUUCGUUAAAUCAUCGUUUUACUUUGAUUUUCGCGAGCUACUUCACGAAAGGAAAAAUUCAGAUAACGAGAUGAAAAACGAAGAAAUUUGUAUUCGGGGUUGGAACGGAAAAAGAGCAAGUGGUAUCGUUAGACCAGUCAGUACCAGCACCCUCAUGACAACUGCCUUGACUCUUCUCUUGAUUCUACUACCAGCUGCAUUUCCGGAUAAGAUCAACAUAGGUGCUAUUUUCGAGCAGGGUACCGACGAGGUUCAAUCUGCUUUCAAGUUCGCCAUGUUUAACCAUAACAAGAAUACCACCAUGAGAAAAUUUGAACUGCAAGCUUUCGUCGAUGUUAUUAACACGGCAGAUGCUUAUAAACUUUCACGUUUGAUUUGCACUCAAUUCAGCAGAGGAGUAUUCUCUAUGUUGGGUGCAGUCAGUCCGGAUUCCUUUGACACGCUACAUUCCUACAGCAACACGUUUCAAAUGCCCUUCGUGACGCCCUGGUUUCCUGAGAAGGUACUGACACCAUCAUCCGGUCUGUUGGACUUUGCCAUAAGUAUGCGUCCGGAUUAUCAUCGUGCCAUUAUCGACACGGUCAGAUACUACGGUUGGAAGAAAAUCAUCUACCUUUAUGACUCCCACGACGGUCUUCUAAGGUUGCAGCAAAUUUAUCAAACGCUGAAGCCUGGUAACGAGUCUUUUCAAGUGGAAACCGUCAAGAGGAUACAAAACAUGUCCGAGGCGAUCGAUUUUCUUCGUAGUCUCGAAGAACUUAAUCGAUGGAGCAACAAAUACGUAGUAUUGGAUUGUCCGACGGACAUGGCCAAGGAUAUCGUGGUGAGUCACGUUCGAGACGUCACGCUUGGAAGAAGAACGUAUCAUUAUUUAUUAAGUGGACUGAUAAUGGACGAUCGAUGGGAGAGCGAAGUGAUCGAGUACGGUGCCAUCAACAUCACCGGCUUUCGCAUUGUGGACGCCACUCGACCUCACGUCAAGGAUUUCCUUCUGGGUUGGCAUCGCCUAGAUCCUGCCACCUAUCAGGGGGCUGGUCGUGAAUCCAUUUCCGCGCAAGCAGCAUUGAUGUACGAUGCCGUUUUCGUUCUCGUUGAAGCGUUCAACAAGUUUCUAAGAAAGAAACCUGAUCGGAACAACGUUAGACGAACCGGAAACAGCAGUCAGCCAACCAACGGCACGAGAUCACUUGAUUGCAAUAAUAGCCGUGAUUUGGUUACGCCCUGGGAAAAUGGAGAUAAAAUAUCGAGAUUUCUUCGUAAGGUUGAAAUUGAGGGAUUAACUGGAAAGAUACGUUUCAACGAUGACGGUAGAAGACAAAAUUAUACUCUUCACGUUGUUGAAAUGACAGUCAACAGUGCUAUGGUUAAAGUAGCUGAGUGGACCGAUGAAACUGGAUUUCAAACGAUAGCAGCUAAAUAUGUCAGAUUACGUCCCCACGAAAUAGAAAAGAACAGAACAUACAUCGUAACAACGAUUGUGGAAGAACCUUACAUAAUGAAGAAAAAAUCCGAGAAUGGUGAAGCACUUAUUGGCAAUGACAGUUACGAGGGUUAUUGCAAAGAUCUCGCUGAACUGAUUGCUAAAAAACUUGGCAUAACGUACGAGUUGAGAAUAGUAAAGGAUGGAAAAUAUGGUACCGAAAAUCCCGAGGUACCAGGUGGUUGGGACGGAAUGGUCGGUGAACUCAUUAGAAAGGAAGCAGACAUUGCCAUUGCUCCAAUGACGAUCACAUCAGAACGGGAGCGCGUGAUUGAUUUCAGCAAACCCUUCAUGUCCCUCGGUAUCAGCAUCAUGAUAAAGAAGCCCAUCAAGCAGAAGCCUGGGGUCUUCAGUUUUCUCAAUCCGCUGAGCAAGGAGAUCUGGGUGUGCGUCAUCUUCUCUUACAUCGGAGUGUCCAUCGUCCUAUUCAUAGUCUCGAGAUUUUCACCAUACGAGUGGAGAGUAUUGACGAUAAGCGGAAGUGGUGAUCCAUCGAUAACCGGAAGAAAUGAUCCAAGUUUACAACACCCUCACACGCCUCAAGGUUCACCACACAUACAAGCAUCCAGUAUGGCCAAUGAUUUUAGUAUCAUCAACAGUUUAUGGUUCGCUUUAGCUGCGUUCAUGCAGCAAGGUUGCGACAUAUCACCCAGGUCGAUAUCCGGAAGAAUAGUUGGAAGCGUUUGGUGGUUCUUCACUCUUAUCCUGAUAUCAUCUUAUACCGCAAACCUUGCCGCAUUUUUAACGGUUGAAAGGAUGGUAACUCCUAUAAAUUCACCGGAAGACCUUGCCUCGCAAACGGAAGUACAAUAUGGUACCUUGUCUUCCGGAUCAACCUGGGACUUUUUUCGUAAAUCUCAGAUAAGUCUCUACAGCAAAAUGUGGGAAUUCAUGAAUUCACGUAAACACGUGUUCGUUAAGACUUACGAUGAAGGUAUAAGAAAAGUCAGAACUAGCAAAGGAAAAUACGCAUUAUUGAUAGAAAGCCCUAAAAACGAAUACAUCAACGAAAGAUUACCCUGCGAUACGAUGAAAGUUGGACGAAAUCUUGACGCUAAAGGUUUUGGCGUUGCCACACCACUUGGUUCACCUUUGAGAGAUUCGAUCAACCUGGCCGUAUUGUCGUUGAAAGAAAGUGGAGAAUUAACCAAAUUAAUGAAUCGAUGGUGGUACGAUAGAACGGAAUGCAGGCAUGGUGAUAAACAGGACCCAUCUAGGAACGAAUUAUCAUUGAGUAACGUUGCUGGAAUCUUUUACAUUCUGAUAGGUGGACUUCUACUUGCAUUGGCAGUUGCCCUAUUAGAAUUUUGUUACAAAUCACACACUGAAGCAACCAGAGCUAAGAUACCACUAUCGGAUGCAAUGAAAGCAAAAGCAAGGUUGACGAUUGGUGGUGGUCGAGAUUUCGACAAUGGCCGGUACUACGCCCCAGCAAACGCGAUUGGGACUACCGAGGGCGACCAGGUGCACAGCAAUACCCAUACUCAGGUGUAAGCUACUCGGACAGCUCGGCAGGUGAGUCGCCAGCUAUUUCAUUGCCGACACCACCACCACCACCAUUGAUGGCACCACCACCACCGCCA